GUUGGUAAUAAGAUUGAACGUGGUGAAGAAACUUGCUUAACAAAUUGUGUUGAAAGAUUUUUGGAUACAAAGGCAAUGAGAAUUUUAAGAAAAUCUUAUAACAAUGACAAUGAUAACAACUUAUAG